AGAGGCAUCGAGGUGUUUUUAGACUGAAAUUUUCGAGGAAUGCUUUUCUCGGUCUACUUCGAGCUUGCUUGCCUUCAAUUUUACCGCUUAGGCUAAGGUCCGAGGAAUUUGAGACGCGUUGGACACUCGGUCGGUGCAAAACCACAUUUCUGCGGCCUCUAUAUUGCGCAGAGUUUCAGCUGUCAGUGUCCAGGACUCGCGACCACAUAGGAGAGUCGACCGUGCAAAGGUCUGAUUUUGAUUUGCAUUGAGAGCUUGCGGUCGGUUAGGACGUCGUGGAAUUGGGAGAAUGUAUCUUUUGCUAGUUCGAUUCUGCGUCUGAUUUCCUUCUCGCAACGAGUAUCUGAGGUGACAAGAGCUACAUAACUGAAGGAGGAAACCUGUUGGCUUUCUUAUUUCUCCUUGUGUGAUCUUGACUAAGAGCAUGCGGUCGUUUUUUGCGCCAGAACGAUAGAAUGGAUUUUGAUUUUUUUUAAAAUCUAAGACCAAGGCUACUCAUUUUUUUAUGUCUUUGACCUCCAGCAUUAGGCCAUUUGACUUCGCACAAACCUUGGAUAUCCAUUCUGCCCAUCUCGUGGAAAAUAUUUAAUGUGUGUGUGUGAAUGUGUGUGUGUGUGUGUGUGUGUGUGUGUGUGUGUGUGUGUGUGUGUGUGUGUGUGUGAGUGUGUGUGUGUGUUUGUGUGUGUGUGCGUGUGUGUUUGUGUGUGUGUGUGUGUGUGUAUGUGUGUGUGCGCGUGCGCUUGUGUGUGUGUGUGUGCGUAUGUGUGUCCAUAAAAAAAAACAAAAAAAAAACAUGAGCAUACAUAAAAAAAACAAUUAACAGAUUAAAGAUAAACUGGCUACAUAACACUGACAACUAAGUUGCUUGUACAAAAUUAUGAAGUUCCAUAAUCCCUACAAGAGCCUUUCAUGUUUUACGGCAGAGAGGAAGACCAGGAGCUAGACAUUACUCAUGUUCUAUUUUUAGAGGAUGUCCUCAACGCACUUUAGGAUUUUUGUAACUCAAAUUAGUUUAUUCUAUUGUUGAAGUUCAUACGAACGAAUAGCUAUGGUAAAGAGAUGAUAGUGAACGAUGGUAGAUCAAUGAAUAAAGAAGGGGGGAAAAGAAAGAACGAAAGGGAAGAUCAGAAUUUUAAGUUACCCUUAAUUUUCCGUGUUAUUUAUUUUCCUUAGUAUUAGAUAUCGUAGAAAAUGUUUUAGAGGGAAACUACUGUAUUACUCUCAAAUACUAUUUACUUGUUAUUCCCUUGGAAAACGAUUAGCUAAGGUGUUUUGUGCUCUAGAAAAUGUAGUGUAUUACAGUUAAUAUGCUAUAACAAUAAUAUCUACAGUAUCAAUAGUUUAUAUACACAACACAGUUAAUAUGCUGUAGCAAUGGUAUCGAUAGUCAUUAAUUUCAAAAUGGACAUGACAUACAUAACGUAAGUAUUCUUUUUCUAAAAAUAGUAUUUGACAAUCAAAAGUCAAAGGUAGCUGUUAAAAAAACUACUUAUAUCGGAGUUAUAAGGUUUUGCUUCUUAUCGAUUUUUUUUUUUUACUGAUAAGGAGUUUCAGACACUGCGUUUUCUUUGAAGAUCUGAAUGUAUUUUUAAUGUUAUUCCUUAGAUCAAAAGAGAUUAUUUUUGUUGAUAAAUAAGAAUUAUUUAAGAUUAAUAUUUCUUAUAAUUUAGAUGAGCUUUGUACGGUAGAAGAGAAUUUACCUUUCUUCUCAAUGUUACUAAUUUAUAUAUACUAUUAAUAAAUCCUUUGAAGAAAGGUACUUGUUUAGGGAUAAACAAUUUUAGUCAAAAGGAAAUUGAAUAGUACGUCGCAGAGUAUGAAUAGGAAAUGGUAAAUGAUAUAAGAUAAUGGGUAUUUCUGCCCCCUCUCCCCUCCCCACUUUAGAAGGUGAAGGUGAAGAAAAAAAAAAUAUAUAUAAGCGUUUGGGAGCGAGGAUCAUAAAAUCAAAAAUACCAGCACUCAAUAAUUACACCUUUGGUAUACUAUGUUCCAGUAAUCGAUACAGUGAUUCAAUUUUCAUCACAUAUUUUAAGAUUAUGCUUUUCAUUCCAUAAUAAUAGCACUUUCUCUUCCUAGAUUAUUAUUUGGAGCCCCGAGAAGAGCCAUUAAGUGCCAUGUCAGCCAGGAGAAGGCUCUUCAGGAGACUGAGCACACAGCAACUGAUCAGCGCCGUCAGGAGAGGAGACGCGCGCACCACCGAGAGCCUCCUGUCCACCGAAGGCCUGAGCCCCGACACUGAGCUCCCCCAAAAUGACCCCGAUUGCCCCCAGGGGUCGCUCUUGACCUUAGUGUUCAUUCGAGGUCAUUACCACCUGGUGCCCCUCCUGCUGGGUGCCGGCGCCACCAACUCAGCCGGAAGGAGGCAGUUCACGCCGAUGCACUGGGCGGCCAAGAAAGGGGCAAUGAAAGAGCUCUUGCAGCUUAUAAAAGCCUUCGGUAUCAGCGACCAGGAUGAAUGCAAGACCACACCCUUGCAUCUUGCAGCCCAGGAAGGCCACGCAGAUAUAGUCGAGGCUCUCAUCAACUACGGCGUCAACAUAGACGCCAGAGACAAGAGCGGACGCACGCCCCUCUUCAUGGCCGCCCUCAACGGCCACCUGGGCGUGGCGGAGGCGCUCAUCCGCCGCGGCGCCAAAGUCACGGCCCUCACCUUCCAGAACCGGACGGCGCUCCAUCAGGCCGCUCAGUCCGGCAGUCUGAGCGUGACCCAGAUGCUGGUGCGCGCUGGGCUGCCGGUCGCCUGUCAGGAUCAAAAUGGUCUCACGCCCCUCGACCUGGCUAUGAUCCACGGGCGGUCGGAGGUGGUCGACUGGCUCAGGAAACAGAACCCGGGCAAAACGACGGAGCUCAGCCACGCGAGAACUUGCAUGGUCCACUACAACGAGUGCGGCGCGCUGAUCAUGGGGUGGGCAGAGGACGACAAGACGGACCACCUGCUCAGCAAUCUGGAGAAGGACCUGGUCGGCCUGCAUUUCCGCGACCAUAACGGCCGGACGCCCCUUCACGUGGCUGCCGAAUGUGACAACGAGGAAGCCGUCCGGGUCCUCCUCUCCUGCGGGAUGUUUCCGGGCGUCCUGGACUACGAGGGCAAGAUGCCGCACGACUUGGCUCGAUCGGACAGACUCCGCGAACUCCUGGCCUCAGCCUUGAACUCUGAGGACGGCCGAGUUUCAACCUACGAAGAGAAAUGCCAGCUCUACAAAGAACUCAUAAACCACAUCUCUACAAACAACGACGCCAAGGAAGUCACGAAGAUGUUGCUCCGCGGGGCGCCCAUAGAGCCCGUGGGCGAGGUCCCCUACCACGCCCUCCACCUGGCCAUCUCGCUCGACAGGACGAACAUCGUCAGCCUCCUCUUGGCAGCGGGGGCGAGCCUCACUGCUCCUCGUGAGGGCACCUCGCCCUUGCAGGUCGUCUGGAGGAGCAGCGACGCCAUGGUCCUCCUGAAGGUCGUGGUUACAAGGGCCUACCAGACCCAGCUGAAGUUCGAACUACGCCUUCUCCAGAACUCCCCGGAACCUGACGAAGGCGUAGGUCUUCUCCGCCAGGGCAUCAACCACAUACUGAACACCCUUACCCUGUGCAAGCCGUGGCAAGCCAGUUGGAAAAUCUCCCACGCCCCCUCGACCCCUUCCCUGGCUGACCUCAUGACCUCCGCUGCAAGGCAUAACUGUGUCCUGACGAUGACCUUCUUGCAGACUGAAGGGGCGCUGGCCUUCCAGUGUGACAGCCGAGGAUUGACGCCGUUGCACGUUGCACUGCAGGCAGGACACUUGAAGUUGGCCACCACGCUCGUGAAGCACCUCGGGGGCUCUCCUUACGUGCGAGACCUCGAGUACAUGAAAGAGGUGAUGCAGCCGCGCGCGAUGCGGGAACUCGAACAGUGUCUGUUUUACCAGGAGGUCCGCAAACUACAGGCUUGCCUCGAGAAGAUGAAAGACAAUAGAGACAAGAUUCAGGUGGAGGAAAUCCUGAAAAUCCAGUCCAGCUUGUACACCGCUUAUGCCCAAGGUACCCUCCCUCCUGCCCUCGGCUCGCGGGGCCCUGAGGCACUCCUUCUAGCGUCUCAGCGAGGGUUGCCUCAGCUCUCCUUCUUACUCCUCGCCGUGGGCAAGGUCCCCAGCGACGCGGUGGUGAAUGCCCCCACCUCAUCCACCGCCAUCCACCAGGCAGCUGCUCACGGGAAUACCAAUAUCGUGGCCCUGUUGCUGAACCACGGUGCCAACCCUCGCCUUACCGAUCGCUAUGGCCACACGGCCCUCCACCUCGCGGCCAUGUUUGGCCACAUCGUCACUUUUCAGUACAUAGCGUCCAUUUCCCGUCACGAGGAGCGGUGCCGGGCCGGAACCACGCCAAGCCAGAUUUGCGAAAAUUUUAAGCGUUAUCUACAACUGCACAAAAAAGACAAUAUCCCCGACGAUUCUCAAGAUGAUGAAUGGGAAACUAAUGAUCCGGGUAAUGCUAUGCGAAAAAUUCUGAAAAGUAUCAGGUUUUCCGAAGUAGUCGACGAAAUGAAGGAUAUUUCGGUCGAUUUCGACAGCGGGGAAGCGAGGGAGAUCCGAGACGCUGUAAUACAGGAGUGUGAAAUGAUAGCGGACAAGAUUCGCGGCCAAAACGGCUUGUUCGCGGGAGAAAUUCGGCUGGUCGGGAGUUCGGCCGACGGCACCCGACUCUACGCUCCCGACGAGUUUGAUAUCAGUCUUGUGCUCAGCAGUUUCUCGGACUUCCAACUCCGCGUCUCUGAACUCAGUGCUGCCGAGAUGCCCCAAGUAGGUCACAGACUGAAGCUGAAUGUGCAGACGCCCCACGACAGCUUCCAAGGCUGCAAGCUGAUCGACACCUUUCAUGAACUGAUAGAAAAAUACCUGUCUAAAAAUAGUAUCUACGACGAGAGGCUGAGUCUCGUGCCCCCCGGCCUGAGGAGGACUCAGGUGGGCUCGGCGAUGGCCCUCGCGUGGCAGGGGACGCAUUACCCUCUCCUGCUGGUGAACGUGGACUUCGUGCCCGUCGUGUCCGCCCCCUGGCACCCGCGCAUCAGGAGGCCCUACCUCACGCCCGACGACCUCCAUCUGGUCUACCUCAGCAACACCUCAGACGGGGAGUGGAGGCUGAGCUUCUGCGAGGCCGAGGUCGCGGUGCUCAGCGAUCUGGAGGAGGAUGAGCGCUUCGUGUACCUCGCGUGCAAGACCCUCCUGUCGCGCAUGAAGGCCGAGCCGUGGAUGCCCCACCACGUCAGGAGGCGCUACACCUGGCACACAGUGACGCAAAUACAACCCACAAGAUUAGAAAGGCAAAGUCUGAUCAGCUAUAGAGAGGGAUUAGUCACACUACAUCCAGUGUUCCUUCGUAGAGAACCAUCGUCUCAGUUCAGGGUUCAAAACAGUAAACAAAUGCGCUUUCCAUCGAGGAUGCUUUUACGGGCUACUUCAUGA